AUGGCACGUCUCGGCCGCGUUGGGUUUCUCGCCCUCGCAGUGGUCUUCCACCUGAUCUAUACAUACUCAAUCUUUGACAUCUACUUCGUCAGUCCAAUUGUUAGUGGCAUGCGAUCAUAUGGUGUCGAGCGAUUACCCGGAGCCUCCGCACCUGCCAAACGUCUCGUCCUCUUUGUCGCCGACGGCCUACGGGCUGACAAGGCAUUCCAAGCUUUCCCUGACCCGUCCCCCGACGCCGAUCCAGAAAACAACGAGUUGAUUCGCCUGUCUCCGUUUAUCCGCUCGAAGGUCCUCUCACACGGAACAUUCGGUGUCUCGCACACUCGCGUCCCCACUGAAUCACGACCAGGCCAUGUUGCGCUUAUCGCAGGUCUUUAUGAGGAUGUGUCCUCAGUCACCACGGGGUGGAAGAUGAACCCGGUGAAUUUCGACAGCGUGUUCAACCAGAGCCGACAUACUUGGAGCUGGGGCAGUCCCGAUAUCCUGCCAAUGUUCAAGGAGGGCGCCGUGCCGGGGAGGGUCGAUGCGGAGAUGUACAGCGAAGAAGCGGAGGACUUCACCGUCGAUGCCACGCAUCUUGAUACUUGGGUAUUCUCCAAGGUCCAUGAUCUCUUCGAAUCGGCAAAGACCGACCCUGAAUUGGACCGGAAACUACGGGACGACAAAUUGGUGUUCUUCCUCCACCUGCUUGGACUGGAUACCACCGGUCACUCUUUCCGGCCUUACUCGAACGAAUACCUACACAACAUCAAGGUAGUGGAUCAAGGAGUCCAGGCCGUCACAAAGUUAGUAGAAGAUUUCUACGGAGAUGAUAAAACGGCGUUCGUGUUCACCGCAGACCAUGGUAUGAGUGACACGGGCAGCCAUGGUGACGGUCAUCCCGAUAACACGCGGACACCCUUGGUUGUCUGGGGAUCUGGUGUCGCACAGCCCCAGCUCUCCACUAGCGGAAUCGCAGCGGGUCACGAAGAUGGUUUCUCGGCGGAUUGGGGAUUCGACCAGGUCCGCCGACACGAUGUAGCGCAGGCUGAUGUUGCCGCGCUCAUGGCCUAUCUAGUCGGUCUUGACUUCCCUGUCAACUCCGUUGGUCAAUUGCCUCUAGACUACCUCAAUGCGAGCCCGGAGGAAAAGGCGUUAGCCGCUCUUGCCAACACCCAGGCAGUUCUGGAGAUGUACCGCGUCAAAGAGGAGCAAAAGAGACACGCGGUGAUCCGGUAUGUACCUUAUGAUCCUCUAGCGGGCUACCACGAGAACUCGAUUGAAGGCAGACUGGCAAGAAUUGAGGUACUCAUCUCCAGUGGUGACCACGAGGAAGCUAUUGUGGUGUCUGCCGAGCUUCUUCGCGUUGCUCUCGAGGGUCUGCGCUACCUACAAACAUAUGACUGGCUAUUCUUACGGACUAUCGUCUCUAUUGGAUACCUAGGUUGGAUUGCGUAUGCGCUAACCACGGUUAUUGAUCUGCACGUCUUGCAUGGAACAUCAGACUCACAUCGGACGACGGCGAGUAUCUCAUUCUUCUCGUCUAUCUUGGUCGCCUUGUUCUCGGUGUUCCUUUACCAGGGCUCAUCCUGGCGCUACUACUUCUAUGCAUUCUUUCCGGUGUAUUUCUGGGAAGAGGUUUUUGCACGCCGCAAGGCUCUGAUUGCCGGUCGGCAGAUUGUAUUGGGCCAUGUGCGCUCCUUCACUGGAUACCUCAAGUUUGGACUCCAGCUACUUGUAUUUCUCGGGGUCAUGGAGGCAAUGGUUCAAUCAUAUUUCCACCGCGAAAUCUUCACCGUUUGCUUUGCCUUGGGUGCAUUGUGGCCUGUUAUCCAUGGCUUUAGCUUUAUUCGCAGCCAUCCGUUAUUGUCUGCGACUUGGUCUCUUGGCUGCGGUUUGAUGAGUUCGUUCACUCUUCUGCCAGUAAUCAAGGUUGAAAACCUUGAUACAAUCACAUAUGGCGGUUUACUCAUGUUCCUCACUGGUAUCUUAUAUUUGCUGUUUGAGGAUGCUAUCCUCGGACAUCGUGACACAGAAUCCAAAGAACCAAAUGCUAUUGGUCGUGUUGGCUCGCGGAUCAUCAUGGGAAUUCAGCUUGGCAUGGUUCUUCUUGCCGUCAUAGUCACUAGAUCAUCUGUGCUUUCUCUCCAGGCCCGCCAAGGCCUGCCUUUCGGAAAUAUCGUUGUUGGAUGGGUUGUGCUAGUGACUUCCCUCACGCUUCCAUUCUUCCACCGUUUGUAUCCGAAUAGCCACUAUCUGCAUCGGCUCAUGAUCAUCUUCUUAACCUUCUCACCAACAUUUAUCAUUCUCACAAUCUCGUGGGAAGGGCUGUUCUACUUUGUAUUCUGCAUGACCAUUGUGACAUGGGUUCGCCUGGAACAUGCCAUUUAUGUCCACACGACAGGUGCCUUGAAGAAAGCUAACAACCCUGGCGUGACGACCGUCAACGGUGAAACUUUCUACUACCGUGCCCUUACUCUCUCUGAUGUCCGCGUGGCACUCUUCUUCUUUUUCCUCCUACAAUCGGCCUUCUUCAGCACUGGCAAUGUGGCCUCGAUCUCGACCUUCUCCCUCGACAGCGUUCGUCGCCUUAUCCCCGUCUUCGACCCCUUCGCCCAAGGCGCGCUCUUGAUUCUCCAAAUCCUCAUCCCCUUCGCUAUUAUAAGUGCCAAUCUGGGUAUCCUUAACCGCCGUUUAGAGGUACCCCCUAGCGCGCUCUUCAUGGUUGUCAUGGCCAUCUCGGACAUCAUGACCCUCAACUUCUUCUUCAUGGUACGCGACGAGGGCUCCUGGCUUGACAUCGGCAUGACCAUUAGCCAUUUCUGCAUUGCAAGCGCCCUCUGCACCUUCGUGGCCGGUCUGGAGUUCCUCAGUGAGCAAUUUGUCAGCGGUGUGGACUUCGCCCCCACGACAGCUGUUGGGGAUGCCGUAAUCCACACUAUCGAAGAAAUCACAGAGUGUGGCCACGAGGACCACAAAGAGCCUAAGAAACCCCAAUCUAAUGGGGCCAAACAGUCCAAAUUCAAGGGCAAGGGCAAGGGCAAGGGUAAAUCAGGAAAGAAUGGGUGGUCAUAG